GCGUCGCCACCAGCUCUGCCCCAACCACCGCCAACAUGGCCGCAACCGAUGGGCAGAUCAUACUGGCCGCGUCCCGGUUUGCGCCGGACACACCGCCCGUGUAUCUGCGCGACUUUGCCAAGAGCGAACUGCCGGCAGUGGGAAAGAUCGUUAAGGGUCAGUACUACAGCUUGGGCGUACCGACCCUGUCCAACCCGUCGCUACAAAGUACGGCACUGUUUUUGAAUGCAGGCCGCAAGUAUCAAAUUCUAGCACAACCGAUCAAGAUCAAGGAGGGUCGCAAGAACACAAACGUUGGCCCGAAAGUGCUGAUCCCCGAGACGUACCCGGGCUACUUUGAGCUGCUGAGCGAGGACGGACGUUCGACGCGUUGCAUCGAGAGUGUGCUGGAGCUGUCCCGGCGGCGCAACUUCCGGGUGCUGGUGCGCGAGACGUUGCGAUGCAACCACAACAGCAAGUCGCUGCACGCAGGCGAAAUUCUCACCACGAUCUCAGACAAUGGCAAGUACCUGCAGUGCCGGACGUCCAAGGACGAGCUCGUCAGUUUGCCAUUAGAAGCCAAAGCCAAGUUCUCCCCGAUCGCGAAGGAGGACAGCAUUAGCGGUGUCCACACGGUACGGAAUUUGCUGCAGAAGCGCAUGCCGGUCACAGUACGAUUGGUGCAUGGUGCAGCUCCCAAGGGUCUCAAGCAACCGUUCGUACCGGAGCUCCGGUUGCUCGGGUGCGUUGAAGUCGAUCGGAUAUUUGCGCUACCGUUGCAGAAGGACAUGGAUCUGGUGUCGGUGCCACUGAACGCAAAGAUCAAGAUACAGCGGGCCAAGAACAUGGAGCAGCUGGAUCACUUUAUCGAGUAUUCGCGCUUCCUGGACAAGGCGCAACGGUUGCUGGUGGAUGCGCGCGAUCGUUUGCAGAUCAUCGAUCUGAAGCUCACCGACAAGGAGAAGAAGGACUCGGCAAAGGCGGUAGCGGCUGCCCACAAAACGAUGGCUUCCACACUGUCCGGGCUGACGGCGAACGGGUACGUGCUGAAGAAGAGCAACAGCUGUGAUUCGAACCGCUACUCACCGGAGAUGGUGGGAGCUGGUAGUGGUGGCGGAGGCAGUCAGAACGGUUCGAUCGCGGACGAGUACGAUGAGAUCGAUCAGAUCUACGAUUACGUGCGUGGGCUAGCACCGUUGCCGAAGAAUCUGUACAAGUUCGAAGCGAUCGAGCCACCGCCGGGUGGAUCCUCGCCCACGACCAACGGUGCCAGUACGCCGCUUUCGAACGCAAUGCUUGGUCCGGCCACACAUCAGCACAGCCUCAAGACGGUGGAAAACAUGAAGACGGCCCAAUCGAACGCCCUCAACAACAACAAUAACAACAACAACAAUCACUACGACACUAGCAACAACAAUUACUGCAACAUUAUCAAGUACUCUAAUCAUACGCAGCAGCAGCAGCAACAGCCCCAGCAACCGCUGGGCAGUUCGCACCAUCACCACCAUCACGGUCACCAUCACCACAGCCAUCAGGGACAGGGGCACCAUCAUCAGCACACCGCCUCGAACAGUCUCGAGUCGUCAUCCAAGCAUGCCAGUGCGGCCCUCAAUGCCAUCAACAACAACCACAACGGCCACAGUGCGGUGGUAGAUCACAAACCGAUCCCACCACCGAUCGAGACGAUUCCGGGCAAGAAGCUGCCAGAAAAGCGUCAACGGCCUACCCUUCCGAAGCUGUACUUCAAAAGCAGCAUCGGCAUGCAUCAGAAGAGUCCAACGCCGGGCACUACCGCCAUCAGUCCGCUGAGCAACGGAGGUGCCAAUGGAGGCGGUGUGGUACAUCAUCCACCGAUCGCCAUCACACCGAAGGAGAUCGCCGUAGAGCCUCAGAGUCCGCUAUUUCACAUCCGGUAUAAAAGCUUAAGCAGCUUGCAACUAGCCGCAACGACACCAACCCAACAGGACUCCCAUCCAGUCACACCGAUCUCACCCUCCCCGAAGGGGGCAGGACAGGACAAGAACCAUCUGCUAUCCAAGUCAGCCAGUGCUGCCGCUGGUCCGGGUGUGCGUGAAGGUACGCUCGACUCUUCACGCAGCGGUGGCCGAACGUCGGGCGAUUCGGGCAAAUUGCCGGAGAAAAAGUCGCGCCGGCUUAGCAGACCGCGCAGCCUGUCCAAUUUGGUGUGGGAUUUGCGCCCACACAAAUCGUCAUCGGAAAAGACGAAAAAGAAGCUUUACCUGCACCAGUUCGAUCGGCAGCAGGGCACGCUUUAUCUGUAA